AAUCUCUACGCUUCUCUCUCUGUAAUUACUCCUUGAGAGCAUCUCUCUCUAGAACAUCGAGUAUUGCUGACUUAAGUGUCGAAGUGUUUUUCCCGAGGAAACAUCCUCGGGAUUUACAGGUGUAGAAGCAGUUGAGAACUUCAAUAGUGUUGGACUGUGAAGCUGCCCAAACAUUUGGCGCCGUCUGUGGGAAACCGAACAAGAAGCUGUGUAGUUUAGCCGGCAGAAAGACAAAAUGGUCCGUACCUUUAUCGGAAUUCGCCCUCCAAGAGAUGAAAUGGAUGAACAGAAGGACGCUCAACUAUCUGAGCCCAGCUUGAAUGACUUUAGGCCAAUGCCAAGAAACCUUUUCGUCAAAGGAGCAGAACAGGAUCAAGUAAGUGAAACCGAUGAUGAUGAAAGAACACCGACUGGGUAUGCAACUCGGCCUGAACAGUUCCAAGUUCCAACAGGAACAAGGCAAAGACAUUCUAGAUCAUAUAAUUCACAGCAUGAACGACCUGAAAGGUCAACAGAACCUGCUCAGACAACCGAGCUCGAAGAGAGAACCAAAGUUCUUGAAAUGGCAAUGGGUAAAAUCCUUGCCCGCUUGAUCCCUGAUGAUCACCUGAUUCCUUUGUUGAACAGGGAGGCGCAACCAGCUGCAGUUGUUGCAACUCGAAACUCCCCCGCUCUAAGCAACAUAGUAGUGCCGACCAGGCUAAGGGGAAGUGGGAAGAUAAAUAACGAGCCUAACUCGUCCAAACAUAGUGAAGAACUGAUAAGAAAAAAUGCAGACCUCAAAAGGCAGCUACGGGACGUACAAAAAUCUAUAGACGAGCUGAAAAGUCCUAGGUCGCACCAACAGACCCUCGAUUUUAGCAGCUUAUUUGUACUACGAACGCUACACUAAGGAUAUGUUUGGUUUGGAGGAAGUGUGAUGAAUUUUUAAUUUAACAGAUUAUAAUAUUUAAAAUUAUCAUGAUUUAAUUAAUUAAAAGACUUAUC